AUCAAAUCAAAAUAUUUGUUUUUUUUGCGAUACGUACGAAUUUGUUUUAUUCCGUUUAAAUUAUGAAAAUAAUAAAUUACAACCAUGAAAUCAUAAAAUAUAAUAAAUAACACCAAGAAAAUGGUUAAUCUAUAAAAUUGUAAAAAGUAAAAUAGACGAUAUCUUAGAGGAAAGUAAGUUGUAUUGCAACAAUGAUUGCUCAGGAAAAUUUGCCAUACGGACCGAAAGUGACUAAGAAAGUAGACACUAGUGCUAUAUUACCGUUUAUAAUUUUGCCACUGUUGUUGGUUGUUGCUACGAUAUCUAGAUCGGUGACACUGGUGGUCAUGAUUUUUAUUGGAAUGGGUGCUAUAUAUGCACAGUCUCGCCCAAGGCAAAAAAACAGGUCUCAAUUUUUCUACUCUUGGACAUUAUCAUCAAGUGCUUGCAUGUUUCUAGUUUUUGAGCUAGUUGUGCUGAGUUAUUUAGAAAUAACUCAGCUGGAACACUUUGUGUUUCUACUACUUGUUGGUAGUACAUGGUAUUUCUUCCAUAAAAUGAAAGCUGUUGCAGAUUUUGAACUUGCCACUGGAACUUCAAAAGGAAAAGAGUACAGCCCAGUACUUACUUCAGACUCAUAUUAUUGCCAAAUUUGUCAAUUGGAAGUCAAUGAGAGGUUCUUUCAUUCUAUAUGGUGGGACUGUUGUAUUCUAAGACCAAAUUAUAGUUAUUUUUUGGCGGGCCAAGUGUUUGCUUUUGCAACAUUAUUAUAUGGCACUAACUUGGGUCUGACUACUAUAUGUCAACCGUUUGUUCUUUACGACAAUAUACUUUUGCCUGAGGACUGCACCGAUGUGUAUUAUGAUUUUAACCUCGCAAUAAGUUUUGUAGCCUGUGUCUAUGGCCUGGGUUACUUUUUAGUCACCGCAUUAGUGUUAUUAAGGCAGCUUCUCAUUUACAUUCCAAAAUAUAGUGAACCAAAAUGGAGGAAAAUAGUAAACGUUUUAACAGUUUAACUGUAAAAUUGAAGUUAUAUUUAUUUUGUAGUUAGGAAACAUAAUGAAGUAGGUAUUCAAGUUGGUGAAAUAUAUUUUUCUUAUUUCAAAGUAGUCAAAAUCGAUAUAUUUAUUUUAAGUUAUUAAAGGUAUUAUUUAGUUUUUAAGAUCUUUUUAAUCAUUUUUAAGAGAGGUUUAAUUUUAACCAUAAUACCUACCUAUUGAUUAUGAAUAUUUAACAUUUCCAAAAUGAAGUAAGUACUUAUACACUUUUAAAACCAGUUUCUUAUUUACAUGUUUUAUGUAGAUCACUAUAAUAAAUUAAGUUAUAUUUUGGAUUAAUAAAUUUCAAAAAUUAAAUUACAAGUUAAGCUUUUUCAAACAAUAAAACACGUGAUUCUCAA